AUGUCUCACUCUCAAGUCUAUUCUCUCUGGAUUUUCCUUGAGGGACAUCCUGAGCCUAGCCUGCUGGAUGACAUUACCUUCAGUCUCAGAAGAGAGGCCAACUUGUCCGAUCUCGCGCCCUAUCUUAUUAGCCGAAUUAAUGAGCUGGCCAAAGUUGGUGCUUUCAACCCGAGGCUCUUCAAUUAUGACAACCGCAUCGACAUGCUUCCUGCCGGUACUACGCUUAAAGUUGUGGAGCAGGACACGUCGGCUGCAAAGCCACUUGUUGUGCGCUAUCAACUGUCGGAUAACACUAGUCGUGGUCAAGCUCAGAUUCCUCGGUACUCCAGAGAAAAUUCACCUUCCCCACUGGCGUCUGAGGAUGAGAAUGAAUUCUACUUUGUUGACCAGGAAACAAAAAAGAAAACCAUCGACACUGAGUUCACAUUCAAUGGCUUGGUGAAGAAGACCAAACCGAACUGUGAAAAUGUAAAUUUGUUGGUCAGAAUUAAAGGCAAAAAGGCAUACGGAGAUUGGGGAAUCAAAGAAAUGCUACCUUUGGGACUGAACCUAUGCUUGACGGACAGGCGCUUCACCGACAACCUUGCAAAGCUUGCAUCAGCAUUUCAUGACAAAGGUACCACUAACGAAGCUACGGCACGAAAUUACAUUAACCCCCUUAUGGUCGAGGCAGUCGCUAAAGUUAGGUUGAAACAUCCGCAGACAAUGCUGGCCGUUGAAGAGGACCUCUACGGAAGUCGCGGCUAUGGUCGUUUGGACUAUGUUGUCUAUUGUCAGGAUCUCGCGGUUUUGAUCACCCAAGCAAAAAUGGUUGAGAUGCAGAAAGAAAUAACGCAAAAUAUUGUACAACUUCAUACUGCGGCAGAGGUACCCAACAUUGUCGAUUUUGUUUUAAUUGCUCAUUCCGGGCUGUUCAUCGCUACUUUUCAGAAACGUAAGCGCAAGCUCCACGAGUCAAUCACUAGUCCUCCAAUCAUCUGCGGCAUCGUGUCGACCGGGAUAGCAUGGCGAUUCCUCCGCUGGUCCGGUACACCAGAAGACCCUACAGUAAAAAUCUCUAAGAUUGUGUUGACACCACAAACCGAUGUGGAAGCUGGAAGAAUUGACGAAGAUAAGAAAAAAGGCGAAGAGCGAUUGGCCCAGCGCGUGCGUCUUGAGUAA